CUUACUCUGGCCACUUCUCAUUCACACUCAUUAACUCUCUUCUGUUCUGUGUCCCUCUCUCAUUUAAAAAACCUAAUCCUCUGUCAAACCUUUUCUGAGUUUCUCCAGUUAAAAAUCUUUCUUUUGCAAAAAUGUCUAAAGUGGUUUUACUGGUGGCUCUCUGCUUUUUACCGGUUCUAACCAUCGUGGCUAGGCCGAAUAAGAACCCGUUUGUCGUGCGAGGCCGUGUCUAUUGCGACACUUGCCUCGCUGGUUUCGAAACAUCAGCCUCUACUUACAUUCCUGGUGCGGUGGUUAGAUUGGAAUGUAAAGACAGGAGAACAAUGGAGUUAACGUAUAGCCACGAGGCGCGGACCGACUCAACAGGAUCAUACAAGAUCUUGGUUAACGAAGACCAUGAUGAUCAGUUCUGUGAUGCAACGUUGGUUAGCAGCUCUCAGUUACGUUGUUCCACUCGCUCCCCUGGCCAUGACCGUGCCCGUGUGACUCUCACCCGUUUUAACGGUAUUGCUUCAGACGAGCGUUUUGCUAACACUAUGGGAUUUCUAAGGGAUGCACCAAUGCCGGGCUGUGCGGAGAUCAUGAAGCUAUACCAAGAAACCGACGACUAGUUUCUGUAUGUUGUAUCAGGGUUUACUGCGACCUGUUGGUAUUAAAAAUGUAAUUGCAGCUUGUGUUUUUCGUGCAUUCUAUUGCUUGCACAUCUCUGUUAUGGUUUUAUUACUAAUCGAAAAAGAAAAAAAAUACAUA